GGGCUAGGCAGCGGUCCAUAUGUACAAAAACAGACACCAAGUAGUCUAUCUCUAUCUCAUUUGAUCCACCCAGCUCCCAUAGCCGUCAUCCCAACCCGAGUCCAAAACCCUCCCUCACCUUUCAUCUUCUCAUCCAUCUCAGCCUUCAGCACAGGGUUAAUCCCCUUCUUCCUCAUCUUCUCUUGUUUCUCCAGCGGGAUCUUGUGCACGGGGUGGUCCUUGUCGACCUCCCGGGUCAUGCUUGCUCCUGCGGACGGCGUCACGCCCCAUAAGAAGGAGGGGUCAGGACGCUUGGAGGAGGUAGUUUGUUUUGGCUCUGACUCUGGGUUUAAUGUUGAGGAGGAGGAGAUUUCUUUGGUCAAGGCUGAGGGCUGGGAUUUGGUUUUGUCUUCAUCCAUGAUAACUUAGUAUAUGCACAUACAGAUGAAAUACAUAGUAGUCUGUCGAUGCCAUGGUAAUCUUUUAUUUUAUAUAUGGGAGCGUCUUGCCGGGCGCUGGCAGUGCUUGGGGGCCAUACACUAAAUGACGUCAUAUAGCUAGGACAGAGACUGAUAGGAAGACAGACAGUUGAAGGAUCGUGGAU